AUGCCCAAAGAGCAGUCUUCUUUUGCUAAAAACCAAGGUGAAUGGUUGAAUGGUUUCUCUGCCAAGUUAGGCAUUGGACAAGUUCUUGAAGCUGAACUUUGGGGACUGUUGAAAGGAAUGGAGAUGGCAUGGCAGCAUGGUUGCAACUCUUUGGAAGUUGAAGUAGAUUCUCUUGUUGCAGUCAAAUUGGUCCUUUCUGUUAUUGAUCACCUUCAUCCUCUCUACAGUCUUAUAGCAAACUGCCAGGAGUUUCUUAGUAGGAAUUGGAAUGUGUCUCUCAUCCAUGUUUACAGAGAAAGUAAUUCAGUGGCUGACUUGCUAGCAAGCAUUGGUCAUGGUUAUGAGCCUAGAUGCAGAUUCUUUAGCUCCCCUCCUAAUGAUGUUAUCCCUCUCUUGGAAGCUGAUUUAUUCCGGUCUUUUCCUAACCCUAGUAUUAGUUGUUGUUUUUAG